GAUAAGAACAGUUUAUUGGUUUAACUCAGCUCUACUCAACCUUUAUAUAAACUAUAAACAAAUUAUAGAAUAAUGUCAGAUCAUAUUUCACAGCUGGACAGUACAGAGACACCAGGAGAUACGGAGUUAUUGCUAGGUGAAGAAGAGGAUUCUAAGACGGAUAAAAUGGAGAGAGUAGGAUAUCAGGGUUCUUAUUAUAAUCAAGUUGCAAAUAGUAAAUAUAUAAGGCCAAUAUGUAUUAUGGAAGAUGUCCACUUACCGUCAAUGUCUAAAAUUUCCAAAUUUAAAUGGUAUUUUCAGACAAUUAUACAGAUGAUAAGUCUGAUCAUAUUCUCAGUUCGUUCAGAUAGACUCUUCCAACCUCAAUAUCUCAGGCAUCACUGGAAGCACUACUUCUGUAUGCUGUUUAUAACAGGGCUAUCUUGGGCCCCUCAGUUACUGGAUACAUUUGGACCCAAAUUUCUUGGAUAUUCCCCUAUACCCCGAAUACCGUUGUCUUCUGCUAUACCUAUUUGUAUCUUCGGACUGUUCUACUAUAUUCUGGGGAUCACUGCAUUCUUCGAGUGUAUUGCACCAGCACUCCGAAGAAAUUAUGGAAUUGAGACGACGUUAAAAGUUUGGGAGUUAUUUAUCUCAGUAGCCUGGCAAACACAAACUAUAGGAUUCUGGGUGUUAACAAUUACUCCGCCACUGUUCUCUGAAGAUUUCAAGGGAAUUGAUGAAAAAUGGACAACCGGGUUAGGAUUGCUUAUGGUAGUGGCGGGGGUAGGAUUUAAAAUGUCAGCUAUUUAUGGAACAGGUUACAAUACCUACUACUGGUAUGAUAUGAUUACAGAGAUACCAAAUGCAUACUUUAGCGAGGUUGGUAUCUAUAAGUACUGUGGGUCUCCAACCUAUACUCUUGGUAGGUUUACUGGGUUUGGUGCUGCUCUUCAUUACAGAUCUGUUCCAAUAGCACUGGCGAGUAUUGUCGACCUGGUCCUAAUAAACCUGUUUAAUCGCUGGGUCGAGCAACCUUUUGUACAAAAAAUGUAUUUAGAAAAAAGUAUUGCUUGAAGUAAAAUAUGUUAAUUUAAUAAAAGUAUGAGAUAUGAA